AUGGUAGUGGUGGUAGGAUGGAGUGGUGGUGGUGGUUACUGGGAUCUCUCACUCUCUCCACGAAAUCCAGCACCAACGCCCUCCCACCACUGGAGCUCCCACAUACGCCAGCCCACCAUCAUCGGAGCCCCCACCGAUCGACCGGCCAACCACCACCGCACCACGACUCGGUGGAAAACCACUUAUCAGCCACCAUCACUGGAUUUUUUCCUACCAACGAUGCCCCACCACCCACGCCGCACCACCACCAACUCCUCUCUCCCGAUUACUUUCCAAUCGACUUCUCUAUCACAGGAUGUGGAAGUCCACACUCAUGCUAUGGGAUUUCAUGAGAUAGUAACGCAAGAGAGUGGAAACGUUAUUUCAUCUCAGGCGAGUGUAGGAUAUCUUGGUACAUGGAGCUAUGACCCUAAUGGAUCUCCAUAUGAUUUGGGACAUGAUUAUAGGAUGGAAUGAUGCUUUUGAGAUAUACGGCAGGCUGUGAAAAAAAUGAGGAGCUGCCAUUAUUGUGAAAUAUUAUGCUACCACUUUUGCAUCUUUUUGGUGAUGAAACUUUUGCAUCUGCAGCUGCUUUUUGUUGGUGGAAUGCAGUUUUUGGAAGCUGUAUUUGUCUUAAGCUUUACUUCAUUGAAUUAUGGGCUAAUGCUGUAGAUGAAUCUGCUACUUCUGAGCCUUUGAUGUUGCUACUUUUUUGGUAGAAGCAGAGAUGACCAUUUUGAUUUCUCUGUGGGGUGUAGCCUUUUUUGAAGUUACAGAAGCAUGAGAAGAUGGCAGAAGCAUGAGCGGAAGGCUACCAGUCAAAUUUAGUGUAAAACCUCAAGUGCAUGGGUUCCAAUGAUGGAAAUUUGUUCAUAAUCAAUGCAUUUUGAUUUCUCCAAACUCGUUCUUUGUGUAAAUUCAUGUAAUCAACUUCUGGUAUGAAACAAAUUAAAGUUGGAAUUUUUGGUAUGAAACGAAAGUCUUAUACG